AAAUGCGGUUUUGCCAUCAUCCUGAUGGCCAUAUACUGGUGCACAGAGUGCAUACCUCUGGCUGUCACUGCCCUGCUUCCCGUCAUCCUCUUCCCCCUCAUGGGGAUCAUGGAGUCCUCAGAGGUGUGUGUCCAGUAUCUGAAAGACUCCAACAUGCUGUUCAUCGGGGGUCUGCUGGUGGCCAUUGCUGUGGAGAACUGGAACCUUCAUAAGCGCAUCGCCCUCCGCGUGCUGCUCCUGGUCGGGGUGAAACCAGCCUUGCUAAUGAUGGGCUUCAUGGGCACCACUGCUUUCCUGUCCAUGUGGAUCAGUAACACGGCCUCCACAGCCAUGAUGCUGCCCAUUGCUCAAGCCGUGCUGGCUCAGCUCCAGAAAACAGAGGCCGAGGCGGACGAGAAGGAGUUCCAGAGCGGCCGGGCCAACGAGGGCUUUGAGAUGGACGAGACAAAGGAGGACAAGGGCAUAACCACCGGUAGGUUGUUACUACCAGGUUGGUGUGUUUUUGGGAUGUCUAUAGGUGCUCAGUCUGAUUUUUUGUACAGCCCUGAAAACAGGUCGCAGUUAUCACUGGCCCGUCAGUCAUCUUCUCCUUUAAGAAAAGAGAAGGAUAUGCUGAUGAAGUGUGUUGGAAAAACUUUAUUCUUCCUCAGAUCGGCUGAUUUGACUUCAGAGAAAGUCGCAGAAGACGGAUACACCCGUGCUGACGAGAGGCGCCUAAGACGCGAGAAGUACUACACCAACCUGUCAAAGGGAAUGAGCCUGUGUGUGUGCUACUCGGCUAGCAUCGGGGGCACUGCCACCCUCACUGGCACCACUCCCAACCUCAUCCUCAAGGGACAGAUGGAUGAACUGUUUCCAGCCAAUGGCGGUGUUAUCAACUUUGCCACCUGGUUUGGCUUCUGCUUUCCCAAUAUGGUCUUGAUGCUGGUGAUCUCCUGGCUUUGGCUUCAGUUCAUGUACCUGGGAUUCAACCUCAAGAAAUCAUUUGGAUGUGGAUCCAAAUCUGAAGGAGACAGGGCGGCGUACCAGGUGAUUAAGGAUGAAUACAAGAAGCUUGGCAAUAUGACCUAUGCGGAGGGCAAUGUGCUGCUGGUGUUUGUGCUGCUGGUGCUGCUCUGGUUCACCCGAGAGCCAGGCUUCAUGCCUGGUUGGGCUACGGUGCUCUUCAACCAAGAAAAGGAGUAUGUCACCGAUGGCACUGUCGCCAUUUUCAUGUCCACGCUCUUCUUUGUCCUUCCCUCACAGUUGCCAAGGUGCUUCUGUGUCGGGGGCAGGUCAGGAGAAAGCAAGAAGGCCCCACCAGCUCUGCUGAACUGGGAGGUGGUCCAUGAGAAGAUGCCCUGGAACAUCCUCCUACUGCUGGGAGGGGGCUUUGCUCUGGCCCGCGGCAGUGAGACAUCUGGACUGUCUCUGUGGCUCGGACAAACCCUGGAGCCCCUGAAGAACGUUCCAGAUUUUGCUAUUGCCUUCCUGAUCUGCAUGCUCAUCGCCACCUUCACUGAGUGCUCCAGCAACACCGCCACCACCACUCUCUUCCUGCCCAUACUGGCCUCAAUGGCUGUUGCCAUCAAGUUGCACCCGCUGUACGUCAUGUUGCCCAGCACCAUCUGCGCCUCCCUGGCCUUCAUGCUGCCAGUGGCUACCCCACCCAAUGCUAUUGCUUUCUCAUACGGGAACCUCAAAGUCAUAGACAUGGCAAAGGCUGGGAUUGUGCUGAACCUCUUGGGUGUCUUGUGCGUCCAAUUUGCCCUGAACACUUGGGGUGUGGCGAUGUUCCAGUUGAAAGAAUUUCCAACGUGGGCCAACACCAACUCAACCACAUCACAGCCCUGAUGCUCUGCUGUGCUCUGCUGCCCCUAGUGGAGAAGAGGGGGAGGACGGCAUGAGAGAUGCGAAGCUACACGCUCAAUGUACAAUGAGACUUGUGAACCGUUGGCUUCGGUUAAGCCUGAGGGGCCCCUGCACUCUGGACCCAUAAACCCGUCUGCAGAGCUGCUCCCAUAGGUGCUGUGCUCAACUUGUGCUAAUUCAUCUGUGCUCUGAAAAGGGAACCUUUGCCCUCGGCUUCAUCUCUGGACUUUCCAUAUGUAUUGUAUAUGUUAUAUGUUACUAGGUGGAAAGGGAAACUUUAAAAAGCAGUUAGGUUGUAGCAGUUCGCCAGUCUGACUGCAUCUGCCCUGUCACAGUGUUAAAUUCUUUUUUAGUCAAUCAGUUCUUUACUGCAAAAUUGUGGAGAAAGUAUUUGAUCCAUUUUUGGAUCCCAAAACACAGCAAAGUGGUUUGUUUCAGUUGGCUAUCCAAUAUGCCAUACAUUCAACAUGUGGACAGCACAGAUACCACUGGCAAAGGUCUGCUUAAUAAAUGACAUUUGACGUAUAUCUCUGCACUUUUCUCCUGUCUUAGAAAAAAAAAACUUUUUUGAUUCGUGCUCAUCAACAUUUGUCUAUCAUUUGAUGUUGUACUGUCCAAAAC